AAUUUCGGUAUUUCAGCACAAUGAAGACGAGAUUAUCAUUUUUCCUCGCUCUGUGUGGGCUCAUACACGGGGGGUUAGCUACCUAUGGUAAGGGCGGUUUUGGAAACGUUGGUUCUUUAGGCGGCUUCGGAAACGUAGGAAGUGUUGGAGGCCUCGGAGGGCUUGGAGGCGUUGGGGGCCUCGGAGGCUUCGGAAACGUAGGAGGCUUCGGGAACGUAGGAAGUGCUGGAGGCCUCGGAGGGUUUGGAGGCUUCGGAAACCUAGGAGGAGGCUAUGGCGGAAGCUGGGGUUCUCUAGGAGGCAUUGGUGAUUCGUGGCUAGGCGGAGGAUUUGGUUCUGGAAUUGGUAGCAUUGGUGGAUUUGGUUCUGGAAUUGGUAGUUUUGGCGGAGAUCUCGGGUACGGUAUCGGUCCAUGGGCCGGCGGUUAUGGAAGCGGAAUCGGAAGUUUUGGAAGUGUUGGAUUAGGCGGAUUAGGUGGAUUCGGCGGAAUGAGCGGCGGUAAAGGUUAUGGCUAUGGCAAGGCUCCAAAACCCGCCGUUAUGCCAGUGCACGUCGUACCUGCACCUAAACCAGUGAUACCCGUACCGGUUGUUCCAGUUGUGAAAGUACCAAAACCAAGGCCCAUUCAAGUUGUACAUGUAGCCUUACCCCCACCCCCACCACCCCCGAUGCCAGUCCCUGUAGUACCAAUGGCUGUAAUUCCAAAUAAAGGAAAGGGAUACGGAAAAGGAGGUAAAGGUCAUGGAUACGGCAGAGGACUUUCAGGCGGUUGGGGCGGCAUUAGUGGCGGUCUUGGAGGUUGGGGUCCUAGCAUAGGACUUGGAGGCGGUUGGGGCGGCUAUGGUGACGGUCUUGGAUGGGGUAGCGGCGGAUACGGAUGGGGUGGUGAUCUAGGAUUUGGUUUAGGGGGACUCGGCUUUGGAGGAUACGGUGAUAUUGGUGGACUUGGGGUUGGAAGCUGGGGUUCUGGUGUUGGCAUUGGUUUGGGUACUGGCGGGCUUGGUGCCGGUAGCUGGGGCACCGGUGGACUUGGUGCCGGUAGCUGGGGAAAUGCCGGACUUGGUGCCGGUAGCUGGGGCACGGGUGGACUUGGUGGCGGUAGCUGGGGCACCGGUGGACUUGGUGGCGGUAGCUGGGGAAAUACCGGACUUGGUGCCGGUAGCUGGGGCACCGGUGGACUUGGUGCCGGUAGCUGGGGAAAUGCUGGACUUGGUGGCGGUAGUUGGGGCACCGGUGGACUUGGAACAAAUAACUGGGGCGCUGGUGGACUCAGCAGUGGAAUCGGUACUGGUCUUGGAACCGGUUUAGGAACCAAAGGCACUAUUGAUACAUUUGGAACAGGUUUAGGCCAAAACUGGGGUAGCAAUGCAGGGUUGAACACUGGACUGAACAACUGGGGAUCUGGUUGGGGUAACAACGGCGGCCUUGGCGGAUGGUCUGGCAAUAACUGGGGCAACAUGGGUGGCAAUAACUGGCUUGGAGGUGGAUGGGGAAAGGAUAGAAUUUAG